UUUACCGCUAUUGAUAAAUUAACACCUCCUUUCAAAAUCUUUGCCUUUUGUAUAUGAAAACAGUAGCACCUUUUAUUGCAUUUCACUUGUGUACAUAAGAGUUAGUAAAGCAGUUUCUUAGGUUGCAAUUAAUAACUGAUUAGCAAAUUUUAGUGUUGAUUAUGAAUCUGUUAAAGUUGGAACAGCUCUGUUCAUGUGAGAAGUGUGAAGUUCAAGAAAUUUCUGGAGAAACAUUCAAUUCUCAGUCAACAUAGAUGGAAUCUUGAAAGUUUUAUUGAAUGUUUUAUUUUACUUUCUUAAAGGUUUAAGAUGUUAUUUAUCAUAAGAAAAAAAUGUUUUUCAUUAUAAAUAAGUAUUUGUUCAGAUUCCUGACUACAUGUUCAGCUUCCUAGGUAGGGAUGUUACAAAUGAAAUUGAUUUUUGAUCUCCACUGCUAAUGUAGUAUCAAGAAGUAACUAUGGUAGCAAGUUACAAUACCGGGAUAAUGGGACCAUUUCCCUGCCAUUGAUUUCCCCCCCACACACAUGUAUUUGUUCUCAGAAAAAAAUGACAUUUCCAUAUCUUUCCUUAAAUUUGCUAGCAUGCUAUACCUAAUAUUAAUACUUGGUUAACUCUUGAAUGCUUGUUUGAGUAGCAUAUAGUAUUGUCUGUGUCAGUAAUUUGGGUUUUACUUAUCUUUUUGAUUGAUGGAAUUGCAGCGGAAUUAAUAUGUGGCUAUAAAUACAUACGAUGAACAAAUAUGUUAAAAAUUACUUUUUCACAGGAAGAAGUGGUUGUGCUUUUACGACUUGGGAAGGGAGGCUAUUUGAUUUUUUUAGAAAUGUUGGGUUGAAAUUGGGUUGAGAGUUACAACUCGAGUUUCUACUCUUGGUUUGUGAGAGACAUAGUGAGCACUAGAGGGGUGAUGAUGGCAUUGUCCGAAGGACAAAUAAUGGUGCAACUGUCCUACACUUUCUUUGACAUGUAAAAAGUCUCAAAUGGCUAUGAUGGAAGCAAUGUGUAGGUCGGUAGACAAACUAUUUGAAGGUUUCCCCUUUUACCUUAGGUAUAUCUUUUGGUCAUUGGUUAUCUUUACACUUUUACUUUCAUAUCUUAUUUUCCCCUUUUCUUCCUUACAGUAGUUCUUUCUGGGUUUCCUUUGGGGCAUUCAGUUUUGAAUCAAGUUCACAUGUUGAGGGAGCCUAACAAUGAAUUUGGUACUGUGGUGUAGUAAAUAUACUGAGUUCCUUUGUAAAAGAUACCUUGGUGAUUAGUCACAUAUUAAAUCUUUUGAUUUGUUAACUAACAUCUUGAUUGCUUGCACCAUAUUAAAAAUGUACUUGUUGCCACAGUAAUUAAGCAGUUUAGUGGAAUACAAGCAGUAUUUCUUGAUAUGCUUGGAAAAUUGGGAAGAGUUAUAAAAGGAUUUUUAGGCCAGCUGAAGUUUAUCAGAUUAAAGAAUUGUGCGCUAUAUGUAAACACUGAUAUGCUUCUAGUUCUAUUUCUUAGUAUUCUAAGCCUCAUCCCAGUACAGCUUUUCUGUAUCGAUCAUGAAGGAAGCAUGAAAAAGUAGUUUGAAUGUACUUACCACAUUCAUACCUUUAAGCUUUUAUCUACAGGAGAUAAAUUUGGAAUUAUUUUUCUUUAGUUCUUAUUUUCUAGAAAAUUUAAAUGGAUGCCACAACUAGGUAUAAAGGGAAUGUGAACCUAUGAACCAAAGAAAACACAAUUUGUGUUUUAUUCUACAUACUGAAUGCAAAAAACAAAACUUAAAACCCAACAACCCAGAGAUUUUUUUUAAAAGGGAGGAUUCCUCUUAGGGGUUAUGUUAAUUGCUUUAGGCUCAUUUGAAAAUAUUUUGAUACUGGAAUUUGAUGAGAUUCACUUUCCUAAUAUAAAUACUCUGUGGAGUAUUUACAUUUAUAAAAUUUUGAGUACUGGUAGCUAUAAGAUCUGGGACAGAUCAGCCUGGCUUAAUGUCAUUUUAUUUUAUUUUAUUUUUCAAUUUUUUAAAAAAAGAUUUUAUUUAUUAGAGAGAACACGAGUGGUGGGGGUGGGGGGCAGAAGGAGAGGGAAAAGUAGACUUCCCAUUGAGCAGGGAGCAAAGACCUGGGGCUCUAUCCCAGGACCCUGGGACCAUGACCUGAACUGAAGGCAGACGCUUAACCAACUGAGCCAUCCAGGCGCCCCUCAACUUUAUUUUAUACAAAGCUGGAAGAAUUGAGGCAAAGGAUCAUCUUGGGUCCUUUCCUGCUGCGCCAUUCUGAGAGUUAUAAAAUUAAAUCAAGUGGGUAAAUAUAGCCCUCUAGUGGUUCUCUUACAUGUUUACACUGUUAACUGGGGCAUCUAACAUUUCUUUGAAGUUACUGAUUUUGGAAAAUAACUUGAGAAGAAGAAGAUUUUAGUAAUAUUACAUGACAUAAAGAAUAUGGGGGGGAAGGUGGUAGGGAGAUCCUAUUCUAACAUUUUUCAUGCUAGAUUAUAACCCGUUUCUAUAACUACUUUUUGGGUUAUUACAAGAUGAUCCAGAAUAUUAGAAUUGCCCUGUACCUUACAAGAUGAAUGACUGAAUCCAGAUUCUUCGCUGAUACAUGCUAUGAUUGUUAUUAUCUGAUAAUUGAGCAUAUCAAAGCAUAGGGUAAAUUAAGGUGAGCUAUGAAGUAAAUCAUAUAUAUCUAUGCUAUGAAAUACAAGCUACUAAUAAGUUUGACUCAGGUUUAUUGGCCUAGAAUUUAUGAUGUGGCUUUAAGGGAAAACAAGCUGCAGAAUGAUAUUAUAUAUGCAUAUCCCCAUUUUUGCUGAAAAGAAAAAGUGGGAGAAACCUCAAAUCCUAGUAUGAAUAUAUGUUUGUAUAAGCAAAGAAAAACAGAAGAUAUUCACCAAAAAAUACUACUACCUUUAAGGAAGUGAGAUUUGGAAGGAUGGAAGGAGAUUACUUCUGUUUAUGUCUGAUUAUUCAAAUUGUUAUGGAAAAAGAAACAAAGGGAAAAACCUGAAAGGCUCUGCAGGGAGCAGGGACCUUAGUCUGAAAAGUUUGAGGUGACCAAGGCUGGUUCUUAAUUUCACAACUGAUUUAUAGCAGCAAUCAGUUAAGUCAGCUCCUGCUGAUUUUGAGUUUGUUUAUUGUUUGAAUGGGAGCUGUGCACUUGAUAAUCUCCUUAGGUACAGGACUGAUGCCCCAAUUGUUUAAAAUGUGUGGUGCUUGGUAUUUCUCUUUAUUUUGUUAAUAAGCUUUUUCCUUGUUCUGGGAAUUAAAAUCCUUUCCUCUCCAGCCCAAUUAAGUUUUUAAGGGAGGGCCUCUAUGAAAAGGCCCUUCUUUGAGGUCUGUAAGUGGAAAUGAUUGGUUCUGGAAGUUCUUCCUUCAUUGGUUCUUAAAAAUAUUUCAUGAUUAUUGAAGGCUCAUUAUGAAGGCUGUCUCAAUUUCUUCCCUCCAAAAUGCUAAGGACUAAUUUAGACAACAGUACAGACUCUAAAAAUGAAGAUGGCUCUGUCUUUUCACGGACUGAACACAAUAUUGUUGCAGCUUACUUGAUCACAGCAGGUAUAAUAAGUAUUUUCAGCAACCUAAUAGUUCUGAGCAUCUUCAUUAAGUACAAGGAACUUCGGACCCCCACAAAUGCAAUUAUCAUUAACCUGGCUGUUACUGAUAUAGGGGUCAGUGGCAUUGGAUACCCCAUGUCAGCAGCUUCAGAUCUGCAUGGAAGCUGGAAAUUUGGAUAUGCAGGAUGCCAGAUUUAUGCUGGAUUGAAUAUCUUUUUUGGAAUGGCAAGUAUUGGAUUACUCACUGUUGUGGCCAUGGAUCGAUACUUGACCAUCUGUAGUCCUGACACAGGAAGAAGAAUGACCACCAACACUUAUAUCAGCAUGAUUCUGGGGGCCUGGCUCAAUGGUCUCUUUUGGGCUUUGAUGCCUAUCACAGGUUGGGCUAGUUAUGCCCCAGAUCCUACCGGGGCUACCUGUACCAUAAACUGGCGGAAAAAUGAUGUAUCUUUUGUUUCUUUCACGAUGACAGUUAUUGUGGUAAAUUUUAUUGUGCCUUUGACAGUGAUGUUUUACUGCUAUUACCAUGUCACUCGAUCCAUUAAAUGUCAUACCACUAGAAACUGCGCUGAGUACCUCAACAGAGAUUGGUCAGAUCAGGUAGAUGUAACAAAGAUGUCUGCGAUAAUGAUACUUACGUUUCUGGUGGCGUGGUCCCCUUACUCCGUCGUGUGCUUGUGGGCUUCUUUUGGUGACGCAGAGAAGAUUCCUCCCUCAAUGGCCGUCCUAGCGCCGCUCUUUGCAGAAUCUUCUACAUUCUACAAUCCCUGCAUUUACGCGGUUGCUAACAAAAAAUUUCGGAAGGCAAUGUUUGCUAUGUUCAAAUGUCAGACUCACCAAGCAAUGCCCGUGACGAGUGUUUUACCAAUGGAUGUAUCUCAAAAUCCGCUGGCUUCUGGAAGAAACUGAAAUAAGAGGAAAAGUACACAGUAUCAAAAUAUUUUAUUUACUUUUUCCCCCACUGUUUCCGUUUUAUUUUAAAUAUGAUCCUGUUUAGAUCAGAGGCAGACAUAGAUUAUUGUCUUAUUAGACCCUAAAUUCCUCAAGUGUAGCUCCUAGUUCUUCUGUUUGUGGGAUAGCUAUUGUAGUGAUUGUUUAUUUCCUUCAUGGAAACUUACUGUCAUCGCCUUUGAUGAGAUUAAGGCCUAUUCUCUUUCUCCCAAUCAUGGUGUUCAUUACACCGUAUCAAUGACUUGGUAACUUGCCUGGGCUCUCCAUUAGACCAGAAGUAGCCACUAUUUUAAUGUUAAAAUAAAUUAAUAAUACUUACUUAUUAUCAGAUUGUGUAUCGGAUUGUUUUCCCUCACUACAAAACAAGGGCAGGGACUCUUUCUUUAACUGCUGUACCCUAAGUAAAGAGAAGAGCAUGUGGCUCCCUCCUAAGUGUUUGCUGAUUGGCUUAGUAUAAAAUAUGUUUUCAAAUAACAUAACCGCGUGUGAAGCACUCACAAUUUCAAAAGAAAAUAAAAUCAAGAUUAAAAAAUUUAAGGAGGGCAUGAUGUAAAAACAGAAAAAAAAAUGAGAAGGAAACACGUCAAAAUGUUUUUACAGAUUAUGUCUGGAUGAUGAGAUUGAAGAUGAUUUAGUUUUUUUCUUUGUGCAUUUUAUAGUUUCCAAAUUCACCAUAAUGAUUAUAUAUUAAUUCCAUAAUUAGACAAAUUUCAAUAAAUAGUGAAAAUAUAAAAAAAUAAAUUAAUAAUAAUAAUAGUCUUCAAUAAGUAAAUUACUGAAAUGAGUUUGUUGGAUGUUCCUAGCUAGGUGGAAAACAUUUUUAGCAUUUCACACUUUUAAAAUUGUAAUAUAAUGAUUAAGUUCUACUACUUAGCAAAAAUAUUAAACACUAUUGCUUCUAACUCA